AACUUCGUUAAAGUCAGGAUUUACCAUGUUUACUGUAACAGUGAAAUCAAUAUUAACACACCUGAUCGAAUUUACCUUCCUAGUUAGUGAACCUGAUUCAGGCGAGAUUGCAAAGUAAUGAAACAAUGACAGAAUAGCUUUAAUCUCUUGGACAACAGAAAAGAUGUAAUACACACUCUUGUGGGAGGAUCAGACUACUUAUAUAGGUUGUUUGAUAACAUAAAACAAUAAUGGCUUAUGCAGAAGUUGUGUCAGAACCAUUGUUAGUGGCCGCCAUUGAUUUCGGUACCACCUUUUCUGGAUACGCCUUCCAGACUCGAGAAGACUUCAAGGAGGAUCCACUGAUGAAUCAAGGAUUCAGUUGGACCACUGGGUCAAAUGCUGGACUAUCACUUAAAACUCCAACAUGUGUUUUGUUUGAUCCCGCUCAGAAUUUUUAUUCAUUUGGAAUCGAGGCUGAAGACAAAUACACAGAGCUUGCACAAGAAGAGGACCACGCAAACUGGUACUACUUCCGUCGAUUUAAAAUGAACUUAUACAAAUGCCAGGAAAUUCCACGUGACUUGAUGUUAGAAGAUGACAAAGGUAAACUUCUCCCAGCAAUGAAAGUGAUAUCGGAAAGUAUCAAAUUUAUGAGGGAACAUUUAAUGAGGACCCUUAGUAAGAAAGGACAGGAUGUGAUAAGACCUACCGAGAUUAACUGGGUCCUUACUGUCCCUGCCAUAUGGAGCGACGCUGCUAAACAAUUUAUGAGAGAGGCAGCUGUUAAGGGAGGCAUUCCUGACCGCAGUAUCAUCUUGGCGUUAGAACCGGAAGCUGCAUCCAUCUACUGUAAAUACCUACCUGUCGACAGAACACUUUCUAGUGGUGGAAGAUCUACCCUCGAUGCGUUUGCUCCGGGGACACAGUAUCUUUUACUGGAUGCAGGAGGUGGAACAGUUGAUAUAACUGUACAGGAAAUAAAAGACGAUGGCGACAUCAAACAAAUCUACAUGGCCAAUGGUGGAGAUUGGGGCGGAACUAAAGUCGACGAGGCAUUUGACGAAUUCCUGACGGAUAUUGUUGGAUCAGAUACGGUCGACAAGUUCCGGAAGGAUGACAAGGUCGAUUAUCUAGGUCUGUGUAGGGAAUUUGAAGUGAAAAAGCGAAGUAUUCGCCCUGACAGCACAGCUAAAAUUACAAUUAGAAUUCCAUUAAGUUUAAGUGAAAGAUUUCAAGAAGUAAAAGGAGUUUCACUGAAAAGUUCCUUUAAAUCAAACAAAUCAAUGUCAUGGGUAGGUGAUAAAUUACGUGUUGAUCCUGACACUGCUAAAAAGUUCUUUGAAGAACCAUGCAAACGCAUUGUUGACCAUCUGAAGGAUUUAUUCCAGAAAGGAGCAGUUGUCGACACGGACAUCAUUUUGAUGGUAGGUGGUUUUUCUGAAUCACAAAUGCUGCAGGAAGCAAUAAAAUCGGCAUUUCAAAGCAAAACUGUAAUAAUACCAGAAGAUGCAGGUCUUGCUGUGCUCAAAGGUGCAGUUCAGUUCGGAUUUAAGCCUAAGGUUAUAGUUCAAAGACUCAGUCGAUACACUCAUGGAACCAGUACAAAUAUGCAGUUCCGUCCACAUACAGACCCAGAAGAUAAGAAACAUAUCAUUAAUGAUAAGAUGUAUUGCCAUGAUAGAUUUGGAAAGCAUGUCGCGCGUGGAGAGCCGGUGCAAUUAGGGGAGGUAAUCAAUAAAAAAACAUACAACCCACUUAUUGGCCAAAGUAAAAUAGAAAUUCCUAUCUUCUCGUCUGGUUCUGAAGACCCACAAUACGUCGACGGAAAAGAUUGCAUUUACGCUGGGAAAUUUGAGGUAGAUUUGUCGGAUGUACGUGGUCCUGAUCGCGAAGUCGAGAUCCGGAUGAUAGUUAGUGGACCUGAGGUUAUUGCUGAAGCAAUCAUAAAAUCGACAGGUCAAAAAAUUAAAGCAAAUUUCAACUGCUUGUAAAUCUAAGUGAAUCUUUUUCGCAUCCAAGUUAUAUCAAAGAUCGAGUACCAGCAUAUACAGUGCCAUAUUAAUUGUAAAGAUCGUUUUUGAAACAGUUUCAUUGUGCAUGUUAAGUACAGUAUACUAGUAUAUUAUUUAUAGGUUAGUGUGUGUUAAACCUGCUACAUGAUACUACACGUUAAUUGUAUAUAUUUCAUUAGUAUAAAUUAAUGAUUAUAACUAUAGUUUUAGAUUUAUAACUUUUUAAAGGGCUCUUAAAAUGUUUCUAACUGU